UCCUGACACCUCCUUAAUUUCCUCCUUUGACAGUGCACACACUCUCUCACUCACACACUCAUGCCCGGACUUGAUGAGACGUAACUACAGUUAGAAACCUGUGAAGAACAUUUUCUUGUAAAGACACAGAGAAUAGACAGCAGAGGUCUAUGAUACAGAAGAUAACUCAUCAGACCACUCACAUACAGGAAUCGAGACCUAUUUUUGUGGUGCGUCAAGUGAGGAGGAGAUAACAAUGGGACUUUCUGAGGAAGUAGUUGUGACAGGAACCCCGGUCCAGAAUUCUACAACCUUUCUGGAUUCGGAAUUUCGCUACUUGCUAUUCCCUGUGAUCUACAGCAUCUUCUUCAUCUUCGGCUUCAUCGCCAACUUCUACGUGCUUUUUGUCCUGUGGUCCCUCCGGGAAGCAAAGGCUAUGGGAGAAAUUCGGAUCUACAUGACCAACCUGACUAUUGCCGAUCUACUUUUCGUGUGUGUGCUUCCCUUUUGGAUUAGUUACUACCGCCGUCGGGGUGACUGGAUCUUUGAGGACUUCAUGUGUCGGCUGACAGGCUCGUUUUUUUUCAUCAACGCCUACGGUAGCAUUCUCUUCCUUGGAGCCAUCAGUCUUAACCGGUACUGGGCGGUCACUCGGCCUCUGGAUGCAGCCUCCUCGGACCACAGGCGUCGGGGGAUCAUUGUGUGCGCUUUAAUUUGGGUUUUCACCAUUUCGAUAUCCGUUCCUUACCUGUUAUCACCAGCGACCAAGCAGGACUUGGACAAAAUCCGAUGCUUUGAGGGAUACCAGAAUGAAACCAAUUCAUACAAGAAGAAAGUAGCCAGCAUUCAUUUCUCAAUAAUUGGAAUGUUUUUUGUUGUCUUCUUUCUGGUCGUGUUGUGUAACUCUCUGAUCGCUCAAGCUUUACUUUCCCAGCAAUUUCCACAGUCAAAGUUUCAUUCUGACACAUUCAUUUCCAAAAAGUCCAACAGGUCCACAAUGUCUUCAUCUAAAAAGCCUAGAGGGGUGAAACGUAGGGCUCUGCAGAUGCUCUUGGCAGUAGUGGGAGUGUUUGCUUUGUGUUUCCUACCCCACCACAUAGUCCAAGGCCCCUGGGUGCUGGCAGUGCUGCAGAUUACAGAGGGCUGGGGCCAUGUGGCCUAUGACCAGGACACUCGUCAGAUGCUAAACGACGCUCAUCAAAUAACUUUGGCUCUUAUGGGCCUCAACUGCAUCUUGGACCCGGUGGUUUAUUUCUUUGCCACGAGGAAGUUCAGGAGGUUUAUAGUGAACCACAUGAAGAAGAUUGCAAGAGGAGAGGCCUGCUCUCACUCAGCUAACAUACUGGACUCCGUGGACAGCAAACACCAGAGCCAGAGACUACAUAGCAUACACCAACCGUCCAACGAUAAAGAACUAAAUGAGGUGUAAAUAUGAACUGGAGGGUUCUGCUUGUGUUUGUGAUAGUGUGAAAAAAAACAUGAACUGAAAUUGGUUGUAUAUUAAAAGCAAGCAGGUGAAGACCAGCGUUCUGUAUGCUCUCCCAUGUUGUGUUAUUAUUAUUAUUAUUAGAGAGCAAACUACUGCAAUGUUUAUGUUUUGUGUUUUUGUUACAAACAUAAUUUUAGUGUUAUUUUGCAUUUAAUAAUUUUAUUUGUGUCUCUAACAGAUUUAGGUCACUUUUAAGUUUUGUAUCAGGUACAGCAGAUUUCGUUUACUACCUUAUUUUCGUUAGGCUUGUCCUUUAUUUGAACCAGGAAGCUUUUAUUUUGGUAACCACACUUUUGUUAGUGGCAUGAGUCAAACAUUCAUGUGAAAUAUACAGUAUACAUUAACCACAAUUUGAAAAGGAUGCUUUAUUAAAUGAAGACAAAUGAUAAAUACAAAAAUAAAUAAAAAGAACUUGAUAAUUUAA